UUUCCUUAUAUUAGCCUCAGCAAGAGCACACCCCGUCACCUCUGCACGCUACACAGUACUUUGAGAUCAUCACAACCACCGAUGGCCACGGACUUUAGUUCCAUCCCCAUGAUUGAUAUUAGUUCCCUUUUAGCCAAGGCUGAUGAUCCAAAAAUGGCUGAGAACCCGGGUGUACUUGAGGUUGUUAGACAAUUGGAUAAGGCUUGUACAGAGGCAGGGUUCUUCUACGUGAAAGGACAUGGUAUUCCUGAUACUCUCCUCAAAGUGGUUAAAGAUGUAACACGCAGAUUCUUUGAACUUCCAUACGAAGAAAAGGCAAAGAUCAAAAUGACUCCGGCUACUGGGUACAGAGGUUAUCAAAGGAUUGGAGAAAACAUAACUAAAGAUGUACCUGACAUGCAUGAAGCUAUUGAUUGCUAUAGGGAAGUGACUAGAGGCAUGUACGGAGAUCUUGGCAAAGUAAUGGAAGGAAGCAACCAGUGGUAUACGGAAAUGGGGUUUUUCUUUUUAUUAAUGCCUAUACCUGUAUUAAUAUACUAUCUGAUCUAUGACUCUGAUAUCCUAGCAUUUGAUUCAUUGCACUUGAGAGUUGAGAGUAUUAACAUUCAGAAAAUGUCUUUCUUUCCCAAGAUAAUGCUCAAGUCUUUUGGAACUGAUGUCUGGUUUUUGAGACUUUCAUUUUGGGGUUCACCAUGCAGGCCACAAAAUCCUCCAACAUGUAAAAUUAUUAUGGAGGAGUAUAUUAGUCUCUGCACAGAGCUUGCAAGGAAAAUUAUGCGUGGAAUUGCUUUAGCAUUAGGUGGAUCGCCAGAUGAAUUUGAAGGUAGAAGAGCUGGGGAUCCAUUUUGGGUAAUGCGGCUCAUUGGUUAUCCUGGUGUAUCCACUGUAAAUGCAACCGAUGUUCUGAAAAAUGAUAUUGGAUGUGGAGCUCACACUGAUUAUGGUCUUUUGACCUUGCUUAACCAGGAUGACGAUAUAAACGCACUUCAGGUGAAAAACCUGUCUGGCGAAUGGAUAUCAGCACCUCCAGUUCCUGGGUCAUUUGUGUGCAACAUUGGUGACAUGCUAAAGAUAUACUCCAAUGGUUUAUACGAGUCAACUUUUCACCGGGUGAUAAACAACUCCCCAAAAUAUAGAGUCAGCGUAGUAUAUUUUUACGAGACGAACUUCGACACUGCAGUAGAGCCGUUGGAUACACAUAAAACAAAGGCAAAUGGCAAUAAGAAGUUUGGAAGACCUUUAUAUGGAGAGCAUCUAACUAGAAAGGUCCUCACAAAUUUUGUUUUCGAAUAACCUUGUUUUAUUUGUUCUGGUGUGUAAUAAGUCAAACAUCUAGUAUAGCAAGAUCCUCACGUCUGUUAUCUAUCAACGUUUUCAUUCUCAAUUUAUGUCCUGAGAACAGUUUCAGUUUCAACUAGAAAUGGGGCAUCCACGAAGUUCCAGUUGUCAUAUAUCA